CGUGAGAUAAGCCAGGUGUCCCAACCAAAUAACUAGCGAUGUAUCCGCAACUGGAAACGGAAGCCGAGGCCCUGGAAAAGGCUACGGCGCGGGCUCUUUUACCAGGUGCUAUAAGUAAACCCGCCAGUGAAGCCGGAAAAGCUCCAACGGCAAGCAGGUGGAAACGUCGCCUGCACCGCCAUAUCCCGGUCUUCCAAUGGCUGCCACUUUACACCACCGAGUGGGGAAUCGACGACUUUAUAGCCGGCAUCACCCUGGGACUCACCAUCAUACCCGAGAGCAUGGCCUGUGCUCUGCUGGCGGGUCUGCCGGCUCGAUAUGGCCUAUGUUCGGCCUUCAUCGGACCGCUGAUCUAUCUGGUAUUUGGGUCCAUCGACAAGGUCAUCAUCGGACCCACCAGCCUGGUGGCUCUGGUCAGUGUCCAGUUCACCGUGGGACGACCCAUCGAAUUCGCCUUUCUGCUCACCUUCCUCAGUGGAAUUGUGCAGAUCAUUAUGGGCACGCUAAGGAUGGGUUUUAUAUUCGAGUUUAUCUCCAUGCCGGUGAUCAAAGCAUUUUCCUCUGCCACUGCCAUCCUGGUGAUAGAAUCUCAGCUCAAAGUCUUGCUGGGAAUUAAGUAUUUAGUCGCGGGACUUCUGAAUUCAGUUGGAUUGCUGAGUUCCCGCAUUCAUGAGUCCAAUAUGGCUGAUCUCACCGUUGGCGUUUGUGCCAUUGUUUUUCUGCUCUUGUUGGAGUUAUUGGACCGUGUGGCUAAUAAUGAAAAUCGCAAUAAAAUUCUGAGGAUCUGCUGUCGAUAUUUGUCUACCUCAAGAAAUACUUUGAUUGUGCUCAUUGCUGCCAUUGUCUCCUAUAUUUGGAUUCAAAAAAGCGGCCAAGUGCCUUAUGCUCUAAGCAAGAAUGCCUUGUCCACUUUGCCCAAUUUCACAGUGCCCAGCUUGGAAAUUGUUACACCAGAGCGUAGCUACAGUUUCUGGGAAGUGCUGAAGGAACUGAACAUGGGUAUUAUAGUCAUUCCAAUCGUUGGCAUACUAACGAAUAUCUCCAUUGGAAAAUUAACUCCUAAGGGUCUGGUGGACACAAAUCAGGAACUUCUCACUGUCGGCCUGUGCAACAUGUUCGGAUCCUGUGUGCAGGCGAUGCCUUCGUCAGGAGCAUUUACCCGUUAUGCCAUUAGCACAGCCUGUGGCCUCAGGACUCCCAUGGCCAAUCUGUAUUUGGGCAUUAUUGUGCUGCUGGCCUUGAGCUACCUGAGUCCGUACUUCAACUACAUCCCGGAAGCAACGCUGGCGGCCAUCCUGAUAUGCUCCAUAUUCACGCUGCUCGACUUCAAACUGCCGCUGCGAUUGUGGCGCGACUCGAAGCGCGACUUUGCCACAUGGCUGCUGUGCUUCUGCGUGUCCGUGUUGUUUGGCGUGGAGGUGGGCCUGUUUGUCAGCAUCGUGGUGACCGCCCUGCACCUGCUCUUCCUGUGGGCACGUCCCGAGAUUCGGGUGAAGAUUGAGCAGCUGGAGGAGAUGCAGUACAUCCGGGUGACGCCGAGCAAUGGCAUCUAUUUCCCGGCCAUUAAUUAUUUAAGGGAACGAGUGCUCAAGGCGUGUACACAAGCCGACUUUAAGAUUACCGUUGUGAUCGAUGGGCAGCGCAUCAGUGGCAUGGACUACACUGCCGCGCAGGGUAUAUCGAAGCUAUCCAGUGAUCUGUGCCGGCAGGCGGAUGCCUCCAGUUCCACAUUGCUAAUCCUAUUCAGAUUUCCGGAACACUUGCAAAGACUCAUCGAUCACACGGAUAACUUGGUGUUCUGCGAGAGCGAGAACAAAGUGAAGGAGUUCCUCACACAGGAAUCCCUGCGCAAUGGCUAUAUCAACCUGAAGGAGCACAUAAGGGCCUCCAUCGAUUUGGGCUAUAAAAUCGACAUCGAUUAGGAGCACUCGCCCCCUAGUUAGCUGUUUGUGUUAUUUAUUUAAGUUUAGUUUGGAGAAAUUGUCGUCGCUGGCUGCAAAUGGAAAUAAAAGUGAAGGAAAAGUGGAACAAAUGCCUUGAUGGCAGCAAUUUAUAAAAUCCCCCCAAGCCCGACCAACUGACCUCUGGAGGAGACGGGACGGGCAGAAUAGAUGCGGUGCCGCUGGCGACGCCGUCAAUGAUUGCCAAGCUAAUGGAUUUCUGUUUACUUUUUCACUUAGAGCGGGCGCCAAGGAGGCAAAGGAGCAGAAACAGCAGCAGCUGAAGCAUAAGCAUAAGGAAAAAAACAAGGACUUGAAAAAUAGCGCAAAAGAAAUUAGAGAAAAGCGAAAGCGCACAGCUAACUUCUCUAACCAAAAAAAAAAAAAAAGAAAACAAGGUGCGCUGGAAAAAAGGACGAAAAACAGCUGAAAAGAAACUGCAAGAAAUUAAACUAAAAUCCUGGCGUAAAGUGGAUCAAACGCAGUAAAAACAAGCCAUGGCAUAAAUUAAGUUAGUCAACAGCGAAAUCGGACUACUCUUUCGUUUGUAUAAUACAAUUAAAAGUGGACUAAGUAAAAAUGAUAAAAUAAAUUAGA